GUUUCCGGGUCCCGGCGCGGGGUUUCCGGGUCCCGGGGCGGGGUUCCCGCGCGGGCCAUGGCGCCGGUGCGCGGGUGGCGGCGGCGCGCGCUGCGGCUGCUGACGGCGGGAGGCGCGGUGCUGCUGACGCGGUUCCCGUUCUGGCACUGCUUCAGCGGGCUGCUGCUGUGCGCCGAGCGCGCCGACGGGCGGCGGUGCGGGGCGGGGGGCCGGGCACGGGGCUGUGCGGGCCUUGGAGGGGGUUGUGGGGGCUGUGAGGGGCUGGGGGACAUGGGGCUUGGUGUAGGGCUGGGGGAUGCUGGGGGAGCCUGAGGGAGGUGUGGGGCUGUGAGCGCCCUGUGAGAGCCUGGGGCUGGGGGAUGCUGAGGGAGCUGUGGGGCUGGAGCGUGGUGUGGGGCUGUGAGGGUCUUAUGGGGGACCGGGGCUGGUGUGGGGCUGUGGGAAUGGACAGGCCUGAGGCAGCCGGGGGGCGCCUGUGCUGGGUGUGGGGCAGGCGAAGGGGCCCAUGGGGUGUCUCAGGGCCGAGGGGCAGUUGGGGGUCUGGAGCCUGUCAAUGGGGUGGCUGUGGGGUGAUGGCUGGAGCUGUCGUGCCCCACAGGAAGCCGGACAUCCCCAUCCCGUACCUGUAUGUGGACAUGGGGGUGGCCGUGCUCUGCGCCAGCUUCAUGUCCUUCGGGGUGAAGCGCCGCUGGUUCGCGCUCGGCGCCGCGCUGCAGCUCGCGGUGGCCACGUACGCGGCGCACGUCGGUGGCCACGGCCACUACGGGGACUGGUUAAAGGUCCGGAUGUACUCCCGCACCAUCGCCAUCAUCGGCGGGUUCCUCAUCCUAGCCAGCGGCGCGGGGGAGCUGUACCGGCAGAAGCCGCGCAGCCGCUCGCUGCAGUCCACGGGGCAGGUCUUCCUCGGCAUCUACCUCAUUUGCCAGGCCUACUCCCUGCAGCACAGCAAGGAGGACCGCUUGGCUUACCUGAACCACCUCCUGGGCGGGGAGCUCGCCCUCCAGCUCCUCUUCAUCCUCUACGGGCUGCUGGCGCUGGCGUUCCUGUCGGGAUGCUACGUGCGGGCGGCGGCGCAGGUCCUGGCCGUGCUGCUGCCUCCCGCCAUCCUCCUCAUCGACGGCAACCUCGGCUACUGGCACCAUUCGCGCCGCGUCGAGUUCUGGAACCAGAUGAAGCUCAUCGGCCAGAACGUCGGCAUCUUCGGCGCCGUCGUCAUCUUGGCCACCGAUGGCUGAUGGGGGAGGGGGGAGUGUGGGGGGGGGCGGGUUUUAACCCAUCACCCCCGUUCUUGGAGUUUAUCCUAUUUGUAAAUACUUGAUACCUGCCUAUGGAUGGGGUAGGCGCUGCCCUGGGGUGAGGGGGGACCCCAGGGGGGCGCUGGCCACUGUGUGGCUGGGCCCCCCCCCCCCUCCGGGGGUGUUUUUACUGAUGAAACAAGAAGCUUUUAUGUCG